GUCUUUGACAGUCAGAGUGAAGUGUCACUUUUCAGAUUCAAAGCAAAGCCAAGAGAGAGCAGUGUGAUUUAGUUCAGAUGACACUCAAGGCUCAAAGCAGAGAAAUGAACAGUGAAACACACCCAGAGGAUGAGAAGAUAACAGAAAACAGAGACAUGAAGAUGCAGAGUCCGUCUCUCAGCGAACUGGAGGAGGUUUUACAUUCAGCUCCACGCUCCUGUCGCCAUGGAGACGAGGUGUGGCCGAACCUGUAUCUGGGAGACAUGUUUAUGUCUCAUGACAAGUUUGGCCUCUGGCAGCUGGGUAUCACUCAUGUUCUGAAUGCGUCACAUGGUAAACUUUGCUGUAAAGGCAAUGAUGACUUCUAUGGAACUACAGUGAAAUACUAUGGAGUCCCAGCCAAUGACCUGCCAACAUUUGACCUUUCACCUUUCUUCUACCCUGCCGCUGAGUUCAUUCAUCAAGCUUUGUCAUCUGGAGGGAAGGUGUUUGUUCACUGUGCUGUGGGCGUGAGUCGCUCUGCUGCUUUGGUCCUGGCUUACCUGAUGAUUCAUCACCACCUCAGUUUGCUGUCCUCUGUACGCUGUGUGCAGCAGAAGCGCUGGAUCUUCCCCAACAGAGGCUUCCUGAGACAACUCAUUAGACUGGACCAAAAACUGCAGAAUGAAGAGCUGACUGAAUCAAAAUAGAUUAAAAAAUCCACACACAGAGCUGCAGAGUCUGGCAGUGAGGACACAGCGACCACCGACAGCAGGAGCAGAGUUGAAGUAGCACUUUGUGUCUGGAGAGAAUGUCAGGGAGCAAGCAGCCACAGGACUUGGCG